AUGGCGCUGCUGAAGCAAAGUGUUCCGGUGAUAUGGCUCACACAGCUUGCCUUGUGGCCAGAGCUGAUGUCCCAGUUCUUGCAGAUGGUUCGAUGCAUCUCGGUUCGCGAAGAUCGGCAGGGGCCGGUGAUGGUGCAGCGGCUGCAUGCGCAUCCCGACGUGGUGUGCUGGCAAGAGGAGCACUGGACACUCUUCGCCAUUGGCGUCAGUGGCCUGGUGCUAUGGUGCUUCGGGAUCCCGCUUGCCUUGUUCCUUCGAAUUUGGGCGCUGACCGAUCGCCAGGAGCCAGAGAACCGCCGCCUUUUCGGCUAUUUCAUUGAAGGCUUAGAGCCCAGGUUUUGGUAUUGGGAGUUGGUGGUAAAGCGGCUUGACAUCGGCCUCAUGUUGCUGAUCGCGUCCACGUCCGUUACCACCGACGACAAGGCAAAACUGUUGCUCUUUGCUUUAAACUCGGGCAUACAACUCGCCGUCACGGCCUGGCUGAAGCCAUAUUCCAACUCGCAAGCAGAAAUCUUGGACUUCUUGGAGUGCCUGCUGCUCGGUGCACGCUUUGUGCUCUUCACCACUGUGGCGGUACUGCUAAUAUUCUUUCCACCUGCAGAGAGCAUGUGGGCUUGGUCGGUUUCGUUGCUGGUGAUGCUGGUGUCAGUGAUCGUGUAUGCGGUGCUUCACAUCAUUGGUCAGACCCUGCGCAAUGCUGCUGGCCAGCUGGGCGGCAAGCCCAAGAUGGGCGAGGAGCGGAAGAUUGUGCUUUGUCAUUCGCUGGCCUCCCGAAGCGGAUUCCUCAACUUCGAUGGCGCAGGCCCCCUCACCAAGCUGAAGCAGAGCGUCGUGGCCCUUUUGCUGCCUCUGUUCCAGCCGGAGUCAUACCUGGCAUUCCACUGGUCCGAUCUCGUGUUUUCACAAGACAUGCUCCUGACACCUGGCUGGCUGCUGACAAAGCUGGCGAAGGCUUCAGCGCUCUUGCUGAGGCUUUCCGUCGGAUUUCAAAAAGAGGCGGUGAGCAAGGCCUACCAGGACUUCGUGCAGCUCUGGCUUUCAGACUUCGAUGGACUGAACAUCCCCAAUGUGAGCGUGCUGUGUGCCUUGGCUGUCGCCUGCCGAGCACUGCCCGAUAACCUCUCGAACUCUCUGAUCUGCAGCUUCUGGAAGAGGGAGAUCAAGAAGCUCGCAGCACAGGCAGAUUCUCGAUGGCAGCUGUUUGCCGAUGACUUCGCCAAGACGGUGCAGAUGUUCGCGAUGCUUCAGAAGGCGGAUGCCGACGACCUCAUGCGGUCGGUGCAAGACAUGCUCAAGGAAGCAAACAGCCGCGACCAGAAUGGCGAUGCCACUGCAAGCAAGCUGCCAUUCCUCACUGACAGCGAAGAUGAUGAUGCUAGUCAGACGCCUGAUGAGGCCAGGGCAUGCAAGCCGUUGCUCACCGACAGCGAGGAUGAUGCUAUGAGUCAGACACCCGCUCAGGCCACGGCAGGCAAGCCGUUGCUCGCAGACAGCGAGGCCAGGGCAUGCAAGCCGUUGCUCACCGACAGCGAGGAUGAUGCUGUCAGUCAGACGCCCGAUGAGUUGGCGAGCGUCGUCAGCACGGCGGAAGGUGAGCUGGUGCAGGCUGGUGCCGUGAUGAAGGCUGCAUCUCCGAAGGAGGUGAAGAUCAAGGCCAAACGGAAGAGAAAGAAGCCGACGGUUCAGACUGAUGUCAAAGGCUCAGAAGUAAAGCUGCUCGAGGCGAGGCCAGGAAGGGAUGGCCUCAGAGCGUUCCUGGGAAGAUCAUUCGACAGGGGCUCUGAGGCCUAA